AUGUCUGAUGAGAAUAAGGAUAAACUAAAGAGAUUAUUAGUCAACCUACCGUCACAAGUAGAAUUUAAAAGUUCACCAUCACUUUAUCAUGGGUUAUUCAAAAUAUUAUAUAUUUCUGCAACAAGUAAUGGCAAACAUUUGUCAAAAUUAUUUCCAAAAUUAAAUCCAAAUGACAGAGAUUACAUAGAAAGUCUAAGAAACAAAGAUUACGAUAUCAAUGAUAUGGAAAUUAUUUAUAAAUUUCAUCAUCAGGAAUAUUUAAUGCCAUCAUACUCACAUCCAAUCGAAAAACCAUGUGCUAGGUUAUUCCAACCAGGGGAUGCUGUAUAUCGAUGUGAAGAUUGUGCAUAUGAUGAUACUUGUGUUCUUUGUAUGCAUUGUUUUAAUCAAAUGGAUCAUUUACUGCAUACGGUUGUUGUUUAUAAAUCACAAGGAAUCUCAGGAGGUGUAUGUGAUUGUGGAGAUCCGGAAGCAUUUGUGAAUCCUUUACAUUGUCGAUGUGCAACAACUGAAGAAGAUAAUUCAAGUAUGGAUAUCACAUUUGAAAGUUUGUAUCAAACUAUCAAAAUUUGUUUGCAAUAUAUUUUGGAUGUUACAAAUUCAUCUGUUUCAACUUUACCAAUCAUUCAUGAUAUAUUGAGUGAUCCACAAUCUAGUCUAGAUGAAAAAUCUUUAUCAAAUUAUUUUUUAUUACCAUUCGGUCAUUAUGGUGGAGCAAGAGAUAUAAAUUCGACUGAUAAAUGGUAUUUGAUUUUAUGGAAUGACGAAUAUCAUGAUUUGGGCCAAGCAGUUAGAUCAAUACAAUUAGCUACUGGAUUUAACGAUUCUAAAGCUACGGGCAUUGCUCAGAAGAUUGAUAAAGAAGGAUUUUGCAUACUCAAAGAGGGUAAAACUUAUACGGAGUUGUUAAGCUCAAAAUCGAAGGUUGAACAAGGUGGGUUGGUAGCUACUAUAACGUCUGCUAGAGAUCAUUUGAGGGAAAUGAUUGUUAAAUAUAUUAUUCAAUGGUUUGAUGAAAUUUUGAAUAAUAACAGCAAAUCAUUCAAGAAUUUGAGUCGAGAUGCAAUCACACUGUUAUUGAUUGAACGAGACUUUUGUUUUUCUAAAGUGUUCCCAGCGGAAUUUUUAGCUGGUACUACAUUACAUGAGGAAAAGAAGAAGAAAGCAUGUUAUGAAAAUGGUAUUCCAAUUGAUGGGAAAUUUUUGAAUAUGUCAGGUUUACCAAUUACAGAACCAUUGUCAAGAUUUCAAAUUCUAUUAUUAUAUCAAAUUAGAUUCUCCAAAAGUAUUCGAAAAAAAUUGGUUUCAAUAUUAAUUCCAAUUAUAGUAUCAAAUAUAGAAUUGAAACUGGAGUUUGCCAAACAAUUUACAGAAAUUUACCCAACCAUGUUGAUGAUUUACACUAAAUCGGACCGGGAAGAUCAGUUGAACUUGAUUUCAGAAAUUACUUCUCAAUUAUACACUUGCCCGUUAACUAUGAAGAUUCUUCUUCGCGAUUUGGGUGCCAAGUAUGUUUUAGAAGGUAUAACACGAGUUGUAAGAGAGAAUUGUGCUGUAAAAGUCAAUGCGCAUUAUGUUAUCAAAGAACUUCCAGAACGAACGCAUCAUCAAAGAAGACUUAAAGGUGCAGUUACUAGAGGUAUAUUCGAUUUACUUCGCUUUGCUUCAAAUUCUUUGGAUUUAAGUUCUUACAUGCAACCAGAUAAUUUAUCAUCUUUGUUAUCAUUCUUGGAACUAUUUCAAGGUUACUUACCAUUUGAGAGAAAAACGGGAGAACAUGUUGAGCAAGAACUGUUGAAUUAUAGGUAUCACGCGAUAUUUUCCAUUCCAAUUUUAAUAAUCGUUAAAAAUAUUGCUAGCAGUUCAUAUCCGACGGAAGAAUUGGAAUUCGCAGUGAAAGAAGUGGCAUCAAAGAUAGUUCCUCUUUUAACUAGAGUGAGUGAAUCUUCAAUGGCAUUUGUUCAUGUAUUGACUUCAUUUUUUGUAUACUUAUUGAAGAAUGGUGGAUUGAAAUUUGCCGAGAAAUCUAAAUUGAUGGAAAUAGCUCAAGAUUCGCUUCGAACAAUAGUUUUAGGUUCUCAAGUUAAAGUGGGUUUUUGGAUACGGAAUGGUUACUCAGUAUCAACUCAAGCUUCAAUGUAUUUCGGAGCAGGAAUGUCUGAUUGUACUUUUUCAAAUGAUUUUUAUUUACAGCAAUUAUUUGCACUUUAUGAAACGCCAGAGCAAAUAACUCAAACGUUUAUAAGAACCUGGGAAUUUGAUGAAUGGUUCACAAACAACAAAGAGUCAGUUUAUGAAGAAAGAUUCUUUUCCAUGGUGGAAAGAUUUAUUUCUUUUGCAUACAAUAUCAUAGUUGACAGGUCAGCUUUUAGCUCCAUGUCUUCAAAAGAAAGUUCAAUUCAAGCCGCUAAGAAAUAUUUGACUUAUCAGUUAUGUGAAAAGGCAAGAAAAUACUCUGCUUUAAAAAGCAAUUUUAAUUCAGAAAUUACUGGUUUGGAGGACUUUGACGAUAUUUUAUUGGAAAUUGCUGAUUAUCAAGCUCCAUCUACUUUAUUGGACACAGGUUUGUACAAGCUAAAAGAAGAAGUAUAUUUGGAUUUAGACCCUAUGAGUUUAUUCUUAGAUCCUUCAAAAUUUCAUGUCAUAUCUGACAUUUUGAUAAAGACCAUAUCCAAGCUGAAGAAAAUUAAGGAAGAUCAGGUGAUAAUAGAACCUAGAGUAAUCGAAUCUCCCGAUGAAUUUGUAAAUAAGUCCAUCGGUAAUUUUGCUAAGACUAAAACAUUUUUCAAAUUAAUGUAUAAACUUUUAAGAGUUGCUGUGGAUUCCUCCAAUGAAACUUACCUUCCACAUCUUCUUCAUUUAAUUCAUGCUAUAGUUUUAGAUGACCAGUUACUCCAUGGGAAUGAUUAUGUGAACGAAAAUUUUUUACAUAUUCCAAUUUGUGAUCUUUUAGUGUCAAUAGUAGAAUCCAAAAUGUCAAAACCAAUAGUUAAAAAAGCAGAUUAUUUAGUUGAGCUUAUGGUGAAAGGCGAUUUAAGAAUAAUUGAUAAUUUAGUAAGUUGUUUUGGUGAAGAGUUCAUUCAAAGUUAUAAAAAACGCAAAACCCAAAUAUUUGAAUCUGAUGAUGAAAAAAAUAAAAGAAAAGCUGAAGAAAGAAAAAACAAAAUUCUUAAGAAAUAUUCAAAACGUCAAGAAAAGUUUUUAGAAAAAAAUAAGGAAUAUAAGGAAGAAGCCAAAGAUGAAGAGGGACUAACCGAUUCUUCAAGAACUUGUGUCCUUUGUGGAGAAAAGGAAAGUUUUGAUAAAGUUUUUGGUAUAUUAUGCGGAACUACACAACCAGCGAUCUUUUGGCCAUUGUACCCAGUAGCGAGUAAAAGAGCAUCAGAUAUAUGGAGCGACGACCUUUAUGCUAAUGAAGAUGAUUCUAAAUACGGGAAUCAAAUUCAAAUUCAAGAACCCUUCGUACUGCGUCAAAGAAAUGUUUUGUCGACAUGUGGUCAUGGAAUUCAUUAUGAUUGCUAUAGAAACUCAGGUGGUGAUUCAGCGUAUUAUCAAUGUUCAUUAUGUCAUAAUUACUAUCAAUAUUUCCUUCCAUCGUUCGCUUUCAAUAACCUUGAUGAAAAAUCAGUAAUUUUUAAAAGACCUGAAGAUUAUAAAUCUGAACGAAACACUAAGAUUAUGAAUAGAGGCUUGGUUCCCCCUGACCAUAAAGUGUCGUUUGAAAUUUACAAAAACAUAGGGAAAGAUCAGACUUCAUAUGCAACCUUAAUAAAUUUAUUAUGUAACACGAUUCAAAUGAAUGAAAUGACUACACGUUUGAAUGGGGUGGAAGGAUAUUCUCAAUUUUUGAAGCAAAUUCCAAAGUCUAACAAAGUUUUAAUGCAAUCUAUGAUUCAAGGUAUAACUCUCAUACCCAAAUUCAAAUCAGAAGGGUUGGAUUAUGAUUUCGACCCAGUUGGAAUUUGGCAAUAUCAUGAAGAUGACGUGUUCAAUCGUACAUUAUAUAUGUUUUUCAUUUCGAGCCGUCCAUUAUCCGAUGUUAUUGAACAGUCAAUGUGUCAAUAUAUUUAUUCCUUUUUUGAAACCGCGCUUGAAGAAAUAGAUGAAGAAGAAUUUGCUGAUGAAUAUGUUCCAAAUUACGAUGAAGAUCCAGUAUACAAGAAGUUCUGUGAAACUUGGUGGUUGUUACAUCAAGAACUAGUUGAUGAAAAUCUGGGUCAUUAUAUUUAUCAGAUGUCUCAACAACUUCUUUCGGUUUAUUUAAGACAGUUGGUUAUUUUCAAAGAUGUUUUACUUAGUUCACUUAUAGGUGAUGAGGUUAUUAGUCAUACAAACUUUUCAGACUUGGAAGAUGAAAUCAAAAACCAAAAAAAUAUAUACGGAAUUGAUCCUUUGAGUAAAAUCUUACAAGUUCCCACAUUUGAAGAAGUCCUUGAUUUCUUCUCAGAUGAAAAAUUUCGAGAACAUAUGAGUUGGUUGCCUGAUCUUUUACCUUUACAAUUUCCUGGUCAAAUCCGAUUGAUUACAUUACCGAAGGAUCACAAAGAUAGUUUGUUUGCAUUUCCAGGAUAUGAGGUGGUAAAAUUUGUAAAGUGUUUACUUUGUGGGGAAGACAUAUUACCUCGAUCGGCUCAUUCAGAGUGUGCUUCAGAUCUAGUCAUCGCAUUUGAUCCUAAAAAGAAUGCAUUCAGAGUAACAUUGUCUUUAGGGACUACUUCUUUAGCAAUUGAGCUACCGGGACCUUAUUUGACAAAACAUGGUGAGCCAAAAUCUAUAAGGUAUAAAGGUAAAGCUACUUUAGACAAAUUUAGAUUCAAGGAGCUCAAUAAGUUGUGGUUGAACCAAGGAUUAGCCAGUUUUGUUACUAGAAGCUCACCAGGUUUUAUGCGUGCUUUGCAAAAUGGUGCUUUGUUGAAUCGUGCUCCUGUUUUCACAGUCCCGACCAAUGACAUGAUGGAUGAGGAUGAGGAUGAUGAUGAAGAGUGGAUGGAAGAGGGUGAGUUUAUGAUAUUCUAA